AUGUUUGUAUGGCUGUUGUUAGUCACAGCAUUGCUGGCUCUGGCUGUAUACAGGUUCAGAAGAAGGAAUAUGUAUCGGCUAGCCUCACUGCUACCAGGUUCUGAUCAUGAGCUUCCUUUGGUGGGAAUUGCUUUUGAUCUUGCUGGGAAUACUGAAAAUGUUAUGCAACAACUCAUAACUUACAGUUACAUAGCGAUGAGAAACGGUGGACUGAUGAGGGCGUGGUGUGGACCUAUUUUAUUUAUCGUUAUGGUUGAUCCGGUAGAUUUGGAGUUCGUAAUGAAGCACUGCUUGGAGAAGGGUAAUUUACAUAAGUUUUCAAGAAACGUCAUUGGCAACGGUGGGAUCUUUGCACCAGUUUCAAUUUGGCGAAGGCGUCGAAAAAUCUUAGUGCCGACCUUCAGCCCUAAAAUAGUUGAGACUUUCGUGGAAGUGUUUUCGAAGCAAAGCGAGAAACUGGCUAACAUCCUGGCCAGUUCUGCUAACAUUGGUGAGGUCAGAAUGUGGACUUUUCUUAGCACAUACACACUGGACUCUGUGUGCGAGACCACAAUGGGAGUGAAAAUAAAUUCACUAGAGAACCCCGACACUCCGUUUCUCGUUGCGAUGACCAACAUGCUGCAUUUAGUAUGCGAACGAUUCUUCCACAUUUGGCUGCAGCCGAACUGGAUGUACAGACUUUUCCCUCAACAUAAGAAGCAUGAUUAUUAUUUGAAAAGUGUGCAUAAUUUUGCUGACGAGGUGAUAAAAAAGAAAAGGGAAGAAGUAAAAAAUAAUACUCAGAACGAAACGGAAACCAAAAGUGAAUUUGAUUUAAGUAAUUAUCAAACAAAAACGUUCCUCGAUCAUUUAAUAAAACUUUCUGGUGGUGACGAAGGGUACACGAACGUAGAACUGAGGGAGGAGAUACUGAUGUUGGCGGUAGCUGGCACUGACACUUCUGCGGUGGCUGUCGGGUUCACUAUGAAGCUGCUAGCGAAGUACCCUCACAUACAAGAGCAGGUUUAUCAGGAGUUGCACGAAAUAUUUGGCAAUUCAGAUCGUCGUUUAGUAAAAGAGGACUUGCCAAGGCUGAAAUGUAUGGAUAGAGUGGUGAGGGAAACCAUGAGACUGUUCCCACCGGUGCCCCUGAUCGCACGACAGGUCGUAGAGGACAUAAAGUUACCCUCAGGUCACAUACUUCCCGCUGGGGGUACAAUAUCAAUCUCCAUCUGGGGGGCACACCGGGACCCCAAGUACUGGGGUCCGAACGCCGAAGAGUUCGACCCGGAUAGGUUCCUACCUGAAAGGUUCAACCUGACUCACCCGUGCAGUUUUAUGCCGUUUAGUCAAGGACCAAGAAACUGUGUAGGUUACCAAUACGCGAUGAUGUCGAUCAAGACUGUAUUAUCAGCUGUUCUCAGAAGAUACAAGCUCGUAGGGGAACCUGAGGAAACCAAAAUUCCCCAUAUUCGUGUCAAGGUGGAUCUAAUGCUGAAAGAUGUUGAUGGCUUUAAGGUGUGCCUGGAGCAAAGGAAGCUAGUAACUCAAUAA